AUGAAGACGGGAAUUCUCGAAAUACUUCUUGUUAAUGCUAAAGGCAUUGCACACACAAACCUUGUUGGAACACCUUCCUACUAUGUGGUUAUUGAGUGCGGGACUCAGACUCAAAGAAGCAAAGUUUCGUCAGGAAAACAUGAGCAACCUUGCUGGAAUGAAAAAUUCAUAUUUGAUUUCUCACCAUUUGAUUGCAAGAAUUCAACCCAUCUUAAGUGUAGAAUCAUGGCCACAGAACUCUUCACAAGUGGUGGAUUUGUUGGUGAAGCCAAGAUUUACAUAGGUGGAAUAAUCUCUGAAGGAAAUGAUCAGGGAUAUAUAGAAAUAAAACCAGCUGCAUAUAAUGUGGUCCUUGAAGAUGACACUUACAAAGGACAGAUAAAGAUUGGAUUUAAAUUCAUUGCAAAUAAAGAACAGUACAUGAUGGGGAGACGGGAUCAAUGCAUCGCAUAUGAGAAGAAAGAAUCAUGCAAUUCUAUUUGUGGAUGCAUUUGGAGAAUAUCAUGGUGGAAAAUCUUGUUUUUCUAUCAUAGGAAAAGUUCCAAAGACAUACAGAAGAUGAAUUAG